GUAAACGUUGAAUUACGAGAUUUAGCAAUAGCGCGGAUCUGGACAGACCGAAACAUGGAGUCUAAAACGAUCAGUAAAAAAACUUUCAAUUCGAAAUUAUUUCAAAAGUGUAAAGGUUUUAUGUUUAUGUUUGUAUGUUUGCCGUCAAUGUUUGCCGGAAUGCAGAUCAUGUCAUCCGUAUUCACACUGUUCAUACCCAAAUACAGAUGCCGUAUUCCUUUCUUUACAAAUGAUACAUUCGAAACGCAGGGGAGACGUCAAGAGGUAUUCGUUAACAAGACCAUACCGAUGGUUGUUGAAGGGGAUGAUAUGUCCGCAUAUUCACAAUGUGAAAUAUACAAAACUUCUUUAAGUACAUCAUACUCAGCUUUGAAUAUGCCGCCUUCAAAUACAAGUACAGAGCAGUGCAACAAGUGGGUGUACGACAGCAGUGUGUUAAAGGACACCUUUAUUACACAGGCAAAUCUUGUGUGCAAGAGGGAGAUAGCCCGAGCAAACGCCAACAUGAUCUACUUCAGUGGUAUGAUGACAGGUGCUUUAGUUAUAGGGCUACUGUCCGAUAUGUUCGGUCGAAAGAAAGUAUUGAUCUUUAGUACAUUAAUGCAUGUAGGCGGUGCGUUUGGAUCUGCUUUCGCUACUGAUUACAUCUUUUUCGUUGCCAUGAGGUUUAUCAUUGGAGUUUCAUGUACAGGAAUGUACACCUCGUCGUUUGUUUUAGGAAUGGAACUUGUGAUUCCAUCAAAGCGAGUUGCGGCUAGCUACAUGCUAGAUAUGGCAUGGUGUGUAGGACUAUACAUCUUGUGUUUUCUUGCCUACGUCACACGCAGCUGGGACAUGAUCCUUCUAGUCAUGGCUUCACUGGCGGUGCUUCUCUUUGUGUGUUUAUGGAUAAUACCAGAAUCGCCAAGAUGGUUGAAGUCAAAAGGUCGGUUUAUCGAGGCCAAUGCUGUUAUUCUGGAAUGGGAAAACAUUAAUGGUAAAAAAGCACUUACUGAUACUUCAAGUAAAAAUACCAAAGAUGACAUUGAACCUGAGAGUGUUCUCAAAAUGUGCACUAUACCUAACUUGUUGAUAAGAACCCUCCUCAUUUACUUGAACUGGUUUGUUAUCAUUAUGGUUAACUUUGGAAUCAGCUUAAAUGUUGGGAAUAUGGAUGGAGAUUUAUUUGUGAAUUUUGCGAUAAUCAGCAGCAUGGAAAUGUUAGCAUACACUUUCUGUUUCCUUUUGCUCAACAAAACAGGCCGAAAACGCCUUCUGGUAGGAACAUUGUUCUUCUGUGGCGGAGCCUGUAUUCUAUCAGUGUUUGUCAUGUUGUUUUUUGACAAAUGUAAGUAUUUUUCUUUUCAUUUCAUUUUGUUUCAUGGUUUUAAGUAUUGUUAGAAAUUUAAUGGCUAAAAUUUGACUAAUUACAUCAGAAAAGCAUCUUUAUGCUAGCCAUGUAACACUUAAUAUGGUUGCUAGCUGAAUGUACAUAAUUUCAAGAGCAAUGAUAAUAUUGGACAU